UUAUAUUUCUUCUUUCAGACACAAAAUGUCUAGACCCCCUUCGGCUGCUGGAGGACACAGAGUAAAUGUGGAGGAUUGUCAUCAUUUGAUCAAAUCAAAAGUGAUCGGACUUCCAGGUGGCUUUACAAAAUCUGGACACCCCCUUCUCAUCUUUUCAGAUGUCCCGGCUUUUCCCAAGGUUGAAGACAGUGAUUUACUUCUCCUACUCAAAUAUUAUAUUUCUGUGAUUCCAAGAAAUGAACAGUCGACAGGGUUCGCUAUCGUCAUUGAUAGACGGAACUCCUGUUGGGAUGAGAUCCAGACUGUGUUUGCAAAAAUUGUUGCUAUUUUCCCCGCAAAAAUGAAGGAAGUGUUUUUGCUUUAUCAAUAUCCGUCAGGAAAACCGGUUCUUGGUCAGCUGGUGAACGACUAUCUCCUGGAUUUUGAUAUAUUCCAUGUCUCGCAUGUGACUGAGUUAAUGCACUAUAUCGACACAAAGCACCUGCCUGUGGAGUUAGGAGGGAUGUUAAAUAAUGAUAUAGAGACAUGGCUUACUGUUCAACAACAUGUAGAUAGCUUUACUUAUAGUGCUACCAAGAUAGCUCGACGGUUGGCAACAUUUGUCAAGAUUUUAAACCAAGAAGAUAUCAGUUUACAUCAACAUCAGGAUACAAUGCAGGAGGUGGCAGAGAAGAACCGGAACUGUUACAAGAGACUUCGACGAGAGCUGGAGGAUUUAACUGAUCAAGGAGUUUAUAUGAUGCGCCAAUUCCAGGAAUCUGGUGCCAACCUAAUGCAGAGAUUGAGUGUACAGAUGCUGUGUUAUCAACUUGAUAACACGUGGCAGUACUUCACCAGAACCUUCAAGAUGCAGGAUCAUCUGUACGUGCAGUACGUUGAGCUGAACCAGUUCCAAAACCAGUACAGAGAAUUGACGAACAAAUUCAACGAGAACGAGAAAAUCAUAAAAAAGAUGGCGAUCAGUGGUGAGAGUCUCGAUGAAGUAACUAGAGCUCUGGAUGAGCUGGAUCACGUGAUCGAGGCUCUCGGUGUUGAUGUCAUCAAAGCCAAGUGCCUGGUAAAAUCAGGCCAAGAUCUAAUACUUGAUCAUGCUUUUGCACGAGACUGUCUAGGCUAA